CCCAUUUUUCUAAUGCCGUCGAACAACAACGAUUCAAGAUGCAGAUCUUCGUGAAAACCCUAACUGGGAAGACAAUCACCCUAGAGGUCGAAAGCAGCGACACCAUCGACAAUGUCAAGGCCAAGAUCCAAGACAAAGAAGGAAUUCCUCCAGACCAGCAGCGUUUGAUCUUCGCUGGUAAGCAGCUUGAAGAUGGCCGUACUCUUGCUGACUACAACAUCCAGAAAGAAUCAACUCUUCAUUUGGUGUUGAGGUUGAGGGGAGGAAUCAUCGAGCCUUCGUUGAUGGCUUUGGCUCGUAAGUUCAACCAAGAGAAGAUGAUUUGCCGCAAGUGCUAUGCUCGCCUUCACCCCAGGGCUGUGAAUUGCCGAAAGAAGAAGUGUGGACACAGUAACCAGCUGAGGCCUAAGAAGAAGAUCAAGUAAGCUGUUGCAGAUGACUGUAUCAUCAUUCGAGUUGGCUCUCAUGACGGUUCCAAAAUUUUGGUUGGGUGUCCUCAAUUGUUGUCUGUAUUCUGUUUGUACCCUAAAUUGAUGGUGUUUGUACUUUGCUAUUUGGAAACAAUUUCUCUCAUGUUAGCCGUAGGGUGAUGCAGUUUUUAUGUCUGUCAACUUAUGCUGUUUGUAUGUCUAGAAUUGUUGUAUUGAUAGAAGAGUCAUGAAUCUCGUGAUAUAUCAUAACAUUUUAAUCUAUGAUUACGGAAAUGUUUACCAAUUUGGCUUUUUGACA